GAUUUCUCGAGCCCCCCCGGCGGGGACGCCGCGCCACGCAUCCCCCCACGGCAGCCCGCAGCAGCCAUGGAGCCCGCGGCGAUGGACCGCAUCGCCACCCGCCUCUCCGCCGUCGAGGGCCUCUACUUCCCCUCCUCCUUCCUCUCCUCCUCCUCCCCCUCCUCCGCCGCCGCCCCUCCCUCCCCGCCGCGUCGCCAGGCGGAGCUCCGCGCGCUUCUGGCCCGCGACGCGCCGCUCUUCCUGGAGCGGUACGGCGCCGCGCUGUCGGCCGACGAGCUCGCCGCCUUCGACGCGCUCAGCCCGGACUACGAGGUCGACUGGCACCUGCGCCGCCUCCGCGCCGCCGCGGCGGGGGCGCCCCCGCCCGCGGCGCAGGUGCGGAACCGGCGCCGCGCGUACCUCGACCGCCUCGUCCGCGAGGGGGAGUACUUCUCCGAGGAGGCCAUGCGGGAGCGGGAGCCCUACCUGCACCACGAGUACCUCGGGAGGUUCCAGGACCCGCUCGGCAGGGCCAUGGCGCGGCCCGGGGAGAGGUGGUCCGAGACGCUGAUGCGCAGGGCGGAGGAGGCGGUCAUCGUGGAGAAGAUCCGCGGGGAGCAGAUUAGGAGAGGGGUUGAUCCCAGCGAAUGGGUCGGUGGUGGCCCUGAGGAGGCGAUGCAGGAGCAGGAGGAAGAGGAGGAAGAGGAAGAAGAAGAGGAAGAGGAGGACGAAGAAGAGCAGAGCAUGAAGGAAAAGGAGACAGAGGUCGUGAAGCCCAUUGCGACUGAGGUUGUUGCCAAUGAGUCUGCCCCCAUGGACUCCAGCAAUGGUAGAGGUUCGGCUGCAGGGACUUUCAACCAAACGUUGUCUUGUGAAGAAAUGCAGGAUCAGCUGGAACAAUUCACAUAUGUGAUGCAACAAAAGUUCCUGACUGGUGAAGACACUGAGCAUAUGGACUAUUCUCAGAUCGAUAAUGAUGAGAUGCUGGAUGACCAUUGGUCCAGGGAAGCCAACUACGAUGCAGAGGAGAAGUAUUUCGAAGAAGAUUAGCAAACGACAGGAUGCUGUUGCUUUCAGAGAAGCAAUGCAGCAACAUCUGUGCUGUUCGUGUUGGGACAUCUUACACUCUCUUAGUUUGUACAUACAUGUAUUGUCUUUGAUGGUGCUCUGUUCUGUCCGUGCAAUAGUUAAAUCUCAUAACCUAUUUCUGAUCAGAGCCAGUUUAGUUUCAUGCGGACAUGGAGCAAUUUUGUCAUUUUCACUUCUUAUAGAGAUAGCUUAUGUUAGUUGUUUGUUGGAUAUGUUAGUUGUUUGUUGGAAAAAGUUCAUUUUACUCUCCUCACCUAUCCACUUUGUUCGCUUAACCCUCUGAAUAAAAUUUAGGUUCACUUUGCUCC